AUGUUUUCUAUUGGAUUAUUGACUCUGUACGCUUGGAGUUGGAUGUAUCUAAGUGCCAGUGGGGCGUCGUUGACGAGUCGAGUGGCGGAGGCGCCGCAGGAGUGCGAGUGGCAGCGAGUGUCGGGUGGCGCAGGUGAACCCACGCGAGUGCAGCUCGCGUGCGCACUGCGGACCGCCGCAGGCGCAACCGAUCUCCUCGCCGGCCUUAGCAUCUCGCAGGCGCAGUUAAUCACUUCGCUGGAUCUUCACUGUACAGAUGUACUUUUUUUUGAGAGUUCUCUCGAUGUUGGCAGGAGAAAAGAAGAAGGCAUGGAACUUCUGUCAAGAUUUCAUAACUUAAGGGAAAUGAGAAUUGAAUCUUGUAAGAUACGAUAUGUGCCGUCGGCUGUGUUAUCACCGCUUAGUGGAUUACGGAGUUUAACUAUUCGUACUCAUAACACGGAUUGGUCUGCAAUGUCAAUGGAAUUUCAUCGCGAUUCUUUCCGUGGGCUUACUGAUUUGAGAAAUUUGGACUUAGGGGAUAAUAAUAUAUGGAUAUUACCAUCAGAAAUAUUUUGCCCGCUUUAUAAUUUAAAAGAACUUAAUAUUACGCAAAACAGACUACAAGAUAUAUCUAACUUGGGAUUCUCAGACUGGGGUAAUGGCCCUACUGCACCCGGGAAAUCUUGUAAUACUGUGUUGGAGACAUUAGAUAUGUCGUAUAAUGAAAUAAGUGCAUUACCCGAUAAUGGGCUCUCAAGUUUACGUGCGCUUCAAAAAUUAUUUUUACAAAACAAUAGGAUAUCAUCUGUGGCCGACCGUGCUUUUGUGGGACUAAGUGAUUUACAAAUUCUUAAUUUAUCUACAAAUGCUCUAACGGCGUUACCACCUGAAAUGUUUCAAUCUUCGCGAGAUAUUAAGCAAAUUUAUUUAAACAAUAAUUCUUUAAGUGUACUUGCACCUGGAUUAUUAGAAGGAUUGGAUCAACUGCAAAUAUUAGACUUAUCAUCUAAUGAAUUGACAAGUGAAUGGGUUAACAGAGAUACAUUUUCUGGUUUAGUUCGUCUUAUAGUUUUAAAUCUAUCACACAACAGAAUAAUAAAGAUAGAUGCUCUACUUUUUCAAGAUUUAAAUAAUCUUCAAUUUUUGAGUCUUGAAUUUAAUAACAUUGCAAGAAUAGCAGACGGCGCAUUUACAAAUUUGAAAAACCUUCAUUCUCUGUCUUUAGCUCAUAACAAUAUUAUAGAAGUGGAUAGUAGCCACUUUUCAAACUUAUAUGUACUGAAUCAGCUGUUUCUUGAUGGAAAUAGAAUAACGAGAGUCGAUUUACGUUCUUUUGAGAAUAUUACAAAACUUCAUGAUUUAGGAUUGAGUGGAAAUCAACUAACAGAGGUACCUGAAGCAAUAAAAACAUUACGAUUUUUAACAUCUUUAGAUUUGGGUAUGAACAAAAUUACAAAAGUAACAACAACACAAUUCGAAGGGUUGGAUGACUUGUAUGGCCUUCGUCUUGUUGGAAACAAAAUACAAAAAAUUUCUAAAGACACAUUUUCUGCUUUACCGUCACUCCAAAUAUUAAAUUUAGCUUUAAAUAAUAUAGACCAAAUAGAUGAUGGAGCUUUUGCGUCUAAUCAACAACUAAAAGCUAUUGGUUUAGAUGGAAAUAAAUUAGUCGACCUAAAAGGUAUAUUUACAAAUACACAACCACUUGUAUGGUUGAACGUAUCUAAUAAUGAGUUACUUUGGUUUGAUUACAGUAACAUACCAACAAACAUUGAAUGGUUAGAUAUGCAUGACAACAAAAUUGAGAAACUGGAAGAUACAUUCGGUGUAAAAGAAACUUGUAAUGUCAAAAUGCUUGAUGUAAGCAAUAAUAAAUUAAAAAAUAUUGAUGAAUUCUCUUUUCCUAGCAGUAUUGAGACUAUAGUAUUAAAUAAUAAUCAAAUUGAUAAAGUCAAUCCUGGCACAUUCCUUCAAAAGUAUAAUUUGAAUAAGGUAAUUCUUUAUUCUAACAAAAUAAAAACUUUGGAUGUGGGCGCAUUCGCAAUAUCAUCUAUGCCACAAGAUAAAGACUUACCAGAGUUAUAUAUAAGCGAAAACCCAUUUGAAUGUGAUUGCACAAUGGAAUGGUUGCAAAGAAUUAACCAAUUAAGUAACCAAAGACAGCGACCCAGGGUAAUGGAUUUAGAAAGCGUAAGGUGUUCUUUGACACAUUCACGAAGCAAUACUGAAAUGCUUCUUUUAGAGGUUAAAUCUGCUGAAUUCUUAUGCGAAUAUGAAUCUCAUUGCUUUACUCUCUGCCAUUGUUGUGAUUUUGAUGCCUGCGACUGCAAGAUGACAUGCCCAGAUAAGUGUUCGUGCUAUCAUGAUCUCACCUGGAACUCCAACGUUGUCGAUUGUUCCAAUGCCGGUUACGAUCACGUGCCAGAACGAAUACCGAUGGACGCGACUGAAAUCUAUUUAGACGGAAACGAUCUAAAAGAAUUAGGAAAUCACGUAUUUCUCGGUAAAAAAAGAUUACAAGUUUUAUAUCUUAACAACAGUGAUAUCCAUACAAUACAAAACAGAACGUUUAACGGAAUCGAAUCUUUGAGAAUUCUCCACUUAGAAAACAACAACUUGGAAUCGUUAAGAAAUACUCAGUUUAUGACGCUUCCAAAUCUCAACGAGCUCUACUUACAAGAUAAUAAAAUAAGAGUGAUAGAAAAUGAUACUUUCAAUUACUUAUUAUCUCUAGAAUUUUUAAAUCUUGACAAUAACGGAUAUGUUGAUUAUAUGCCAUGGAGGGCUAUGACGGACAAUAACCCACGUACGCGUGUAUCUGUUGAGGGAAACAAUUGGAUAUGUGAUUGUAAGGAUAUAACGCAAUUAAAUCAAUGGUUGAUAAAAAAAUUAAAAGACACCGAAAAUAUGAUGUGUUUUUCCGCCAAUGGCCAACCAAUGAAUAAAACUAUAGCGGCCGUGACUAUGGAAUGUAAGACGGACAUAACUACAGAGGAAACCGGGACUGAGACUUUGAAAAGGCUUGUGGUAGAAACGAACAACGAAUUCGAAAACUAUAUUCCGUAUAUCAUAGGGGUAUUAGUAGUAGUGAUAAUUGUCGUUUUACUUAUGGCUGCGUUAUAUUGCACGUUUCAAGAAGACAUUCAAUUGUGGAUGCAUUCAAGGUACCGUAAAAGAGUAUUUAGCUCUACACCGAAAGAUCUCAAUGAUAAUAAAAACAAACGGUUCGACGCUUUCUUUGUGUACAAUGCACGAGACGAAGACUUUGUCACGCGCGCAGUUGGUUCUAAACUUGAAAACUCUGGACAUAUUUUGUGUUUACAACAUAGGGACUUACAAUUGAUAGAAAGACGCUCUAGUGAAAGUUUAGUUAGCGCAGUUGAGUGUUCAAAAAGACUAGUGAUAGUGUUAUCGUCACAUUUUUUACAACAAGAAUGGUACGCGCCUGAAUCGCAAGCGGCCGUGCAAAGUGCUAUAAACUCUGUGAACGUUAAACAUAGACGCCAAAAAAUAAUAUUUCUUGUAAAGACUGACCUCAGUGCCAUAAAUGUCGAUCCUGACCUAAAAUGUUUGCUUAAAACGUGUAAUGUCAUAGUGUGGGGUGAGAAAAAGUGUUGGGAAAAACUAGAGUUUCGGUUGCCUGACGUAGACGUUACGUCGCCUAAUCGGACGUUUCAUAAUGCGAAUAAUAUGAAAACUAGUAACAGGGAGGGGUUUGGGAGGCAUGGGAACAUGAGGUACACAGCGCCCCCGACUUCCCACGAUCCUUGGUAUAAGUAUGGGAUGGCUCCUCCAAACUUAAUGAUGCCGAGUCCAAUGCAUUCGACAAGUGCGAGUGCAGAAGUGUCAGCGCGCAGUACAGAGGACGAGACGUGCUCGGUGGCUAGUAGCGAAGGGCGCCCAGACGACCGGUUGCCGCACCACCAUAGUUAUGUCUCUAUAGACAACCACCAGUGUGAAGAGCGGCCCCUUAGGCCCGCUCAACAAAUACCUAUGUCAAAUACACGACCCACUAAUGUGAGAAAGACUUAUUUUGUG